AUGGCCGCUACUGAUAGUGAACAUUCAAGUUUAUUUUCGCUUACAGAUUGUAUCUAUUUUGCAAAUGGUAAUUGUAUGUUCAAAAGGAAAUGUAAUUAUCGUCAUUGUCAAAUAGCUAUGAAGCAACUGGAAGAAUGUUCCAAGUGGCCAGAUACAUGUCGUAAUAUAGAUUGUCCCUAUCGACAUACUGGACAACGAUUUAAAACACAAAAGUCAGCGGUAAAAGAAAAAGGUCGAGUGAGUUUCUUUUGGGAUAUUGAAAAUGUUCCUAUACCUAAAGGACAAAAGCCAUUUGAUAUUAUUCAACGUAUUAGAGACAGAUUAGUCGUCCAACCUGGUUUACAAGAAGCUGAAUUUUCUUGUUUUUGUGAUACUACAACAAUAUCGCAUGAAAAUCGACUAAGUUUGCAUCAUGCAAAUGUUGAUAAUAUCAAUGUACCUAAUGGAAAACCAGGCGCAGUUGAUCUGAAAAUACUGCUUGCAUUAGAUCGUUUUGAACGUAAUUAUCGUCCACCUGCUACUGUUGUCUUAAUAUCUGGUGAUAUUGAUUUCGUUGGGAAAUUAAAUGACCUUCGUCAUCGCGUUGGAUUUCAUGUCAUUGUUAUACAUAAUAAGCAGGUUAAACCAGAAUUAAAAGCAACUGUAAAUGCUCAUUAUCCAUGGGAAUUAUUCAUUGAAUCAGUACAACAACAGAAACCAAAUAAAAAAAAUAGACCACGAAAUCAGUCAAAAGAAUGUCAAGUAGUUUCAAAUGGUCAAGUCAACAAUAAUACUGAAGUAGAACAAAAACCGGCUCCAAAAUCAAGGCAGUCACGUUUAGCUGCAAAAUUUCAUUUAAAUGAUGAAAAUAAUCGUCGUCAAAAUGAUUUUUUAUAUUUAAAACCUCCAGCAACACAUGAACGUUUUCGAAGUACGAGCCAAAAUCAUGGACGAAGGAGCCGUAGUCUAUCACGAAAACCACAAACCUUUGAAUCUGUUAACCAAAUCCCGAUUUUCAAUGGGGAUGAUAACACGUCUCGACCUGGUUCGAACUCAGUAGUUGCACCACGAGCUCAAUUACGGCAGGGAACGAGUAUUAAUCGCUUACAUCAAAAAAAUAUUUCUAGGUUUCCUCCAUGUGAGCAAAUACCAUCAGCUGUCAGUGCUGAUACAGCCAAAAAAGAACACAAUCCAGUGUCAUGUCCUCAUUGUACUAAUGAAUUUAGUACAAUUCAAAAGCUUCGUCAACAUCAAAAAGAUAAAAAACAUUUAUUCUAUUGCUCGAUCUGCAAUGGUGGCUUUUCUACACCAUAUGGUUUAAAGCAACAUCAAACUGCAAAAGGACAUGACACUUCAAUGAAUAUAUCUAAUGAAGACAAACUUCAAUCUAACAUAAACGAUAACUUGAAUGUCCAUGAACUUAUUACUCUGUUUGAAGAUAAACUCAAUAUGUGUAACGAUAAGAAGCGUUUUCCUGUAUAUCGAAAGCCUGUUAUCAAUAAGGAAAAUAUCGACAUAAACAUAAAUAAUGUUAAUGACAAGAAUUAGGCAACGGUAUUGCUAUUGUCUUACAGAAUAGAUGAAAUCUAUACUGUAAAAAUACCUCACUGCUUUUAAUUCUAACCAUUGACAGAUUUUUUUAUGCGCCUUCGAAAUUGCUUCCUUCUACCAAUUGACUUCAUGUUUCUUUCUCAUUUUAUAAAAUGUGGUGGAAAAAAAGCGAUUAAAAAAAAUAUUAUUCUCAUUUAACAAAAAAAAAAUUGACUCACCCAAAAAAAAAGCUUCAAGAAUUCUUCUUUUUUUAAUAAUUUUGUUCUUUUUUCUUUUUGCACUGUGUUAUUCCAGAAAAUUGAAAAAAUUGGUUUUUUAACAAUAAAAAUGACAUUGAAUCAUGUGGUCUUCUAAACCAGAGCUUUGAAUAGUUGCAUUGUGUAUAUCUUUUAAGGGAUUAAUCAUAUCGACUGUUGAUGCUAAGUAAUACAUCUAUGAAAAUACUCUGAAAACUCUUAUUUUCUUUUACAAUCUAGCUUUGAAUUAAAUUGUUGCUUCCUACUAUAUAGUAUCAAUUUCAAAAUGCGUUAUAUUCCACUAUUUUUGUGAAGAAAUUUUGAUAGGAACAUCAUAGAGACACACCGGUUUUCACCAUUCAAGAGAGAAGACUCGAGACCAUCGAAGUCUAUUGAUAUUUGAUUGGUAGGUAUUUGAUGGAGAUUUUCGAAAAGAAUAUUGUUUACCUAUUUUUCUUUUGACUUAGACUUUUAAUAGGACUAGUUCACAGAAACAUUUUUUUCCUUUCGAUCUAUGCAAAGUCAUCAUCCCUAGAUUGUUCUGUUCAAGAGUUACAAAACUUCUUCUGAGGCACCCUAUUUCAGCCAAUUGAUCUGUUAUAUCCAGGAAAAGCAUAUAGACGAUGGUAAUUUACCAUGUUGCGUCCAAUGGUGAUAUUUGGUUUUUUGAUUCGAACUAAUCUGACACUGUUAUUUUAAUGUUUGCAAGAUUUCAUAAUCAGCAUUCAUCUAACAAAAGAGCCGGGUGUGGGUGGGUGUGCGUGUGCGUGUGCGUGUGGGUGUCGGUGUGGUUGUGGGUGUGGGUGGGUGUGACUGUGGUUGGGUGUGGUUGUGGGUGGGUGUGUGGGUAUAGGAUGUGGGUGUGGCUGGAUGUGUGGGUGUGUAUAUCCUUUUCUUCUCUUACAGUCAUCCACACCCACAGCCAUAGCCACACCUACCCACACUCCACCCACAUCCACCCCACACCCUCCAGAAAUCGAACUGCAACCAAAUGUUACUAGUUGACAAGUUUAUGUUGAACGACCAAUACUAACG